AUGCCCACCAACCUCUCGAUCCUGGUGUUCAUUGCGUCGCCACUCGACUAUGCCCGGUACCGACACACGGCGCUGUACUUCGAGUUCGGUAAACCCGAUGAGAAACCCGAUGACACUGCAACACCCACGGGAGUGCCAGGUCAAGUUGCACCGUUAAGCAUCAAGUCGUCCGUCAUGGAGGUCGUCGGGUCACCCGGGUUCUUCAGCUUUUCGGAGCGCGUGAACGCCGAUUUGCCAGGUCCGGCCACUGGUCUUGCACAAGCAAUACGGGUAUCUUCUAUACCAGAUACAGUGCCUGUUCCCGCGCUACGCGCGACUGCAUCGGGGACCCCCAUUCCGGAGGCUACAGGCGAUUGGAAUAGCCAGAAUUGGGUGGGCGAUGUCCUUGAGCGGUUCGUCAACGCGGGGUAUUUGGACGGUGAAGCCCGAGAUCGGGGACUAGAUGAGAUGGUCGAUGUGGUGAUGGAGGCGAAAGAUGAGGAAAUUAUACGGUUCGGGUCUAUGGGCUGA